UCACAUCAAGUGUGCAACAUAUUUCAGCCCUAUUCAUUAGCAGCUACAGAUUUCAAGAUGUUUCCAUCUUUAGUGAAGAAAAUGACUAAAAAAAAGCAGUUUGAUGACACUAAUAUUUCUCAGAGUAGUCUAGCAAGAGUACUUACACUUUUUGAUCUCAUUGCACUGGGUGCUGGCAGCACACUUGGCCUUGGUGCAUAUGUCGUGUCUGGAUCUGUGUCAAGAAAUGAAGCUGGUCCAGCAAUAGCAAUCUCAUUUUUCAUUGCAGCUGUAGCAUCAUUGUUGGCAGGUUUGUGUUAUGCCGAGUUUGCAGCUCGAGUUCCUCGUGCAGGAUCUGCUUACAUUUACAGUUAUGUUACUGUAGGUGAAUUUAUAGCCUUUCUCAUAGGUUGGAAUCUCAUUCUGGAAUAUGUGAUAGGUGCAGCUAGUGUAGCCAGAGGUCUCACUGGAUAUAUUGACUCAUUAGUAAAUAAUUCUAUUUCAAAUGCUUGCAGGCAAGCAAUGCCAAUUAAUAUUGAAUUUUUAUCUGAUUAUCCAGAUUUUUUGGCAUUUGGACUAACUUUUCUCCUCACAGUUCUUCUGGCGUUUGGUGUGAAGGAGUCAUCAAUCAUUAGCAACAUAAUGGGUGUAGCUAAUAUUGGUGUUUUAACUUUUGCCAUCAUUGCCGGUGCAUUGAAAGGUAACAUAGAUAACUGGCAAAUACAAAAGAAUGAAAUACCUGACAGUUAUAAUGGUGGUGAAGGUGGAUACGUACCAUUUGGAAUUGCUGGAAUUAUCAAAGGAGCAGCAACUUGUUUUUACGCUUUUGUUGGCUUUGAUGCUGUAGCUACAACAGGAGAGGAAGCUCUAAAUCCGAAGCGAAACAUUCCUUUGUCUAUUAUAAUCUCGCUGUUUAUUGUCUUUUGCUACUACUUUGGAAUUUCAUCAGUGCUUACCCUCAUGCUUCCAUACUACCAACAGGAUACGAGUGCCCCACUAUCAUAUGCAUUUCAAGAGGUUGGUUGGGACUGGGCAGCAUGGAUCGUAAGUGUGGGAGCAAUAUUUGGUCUUGGAGCAAGCUUCCUUGGAGCAAUGUUUCCACUUCCACGGAUAAUCUAUGCUAUGUCUGAAGACCGUUUGCUUUUUCCAUUCUUGGGAAAGGUACAUCACAGAUUUAAAACUCCUUUCAUUGGAACCAUUUGUGCUGGAAUCAUCACCGCUUUUAUGGCACUCAUCUUCAAUGUGGAUCAGCUAGUUAGCAUGCUAUCAAUAGGAACAUUGACAGCAUAUUCUAUGGUCUCUGCAUGUGUGCUACUGUUAAGGUAUACAGGAGAAACUGAAGACCAUCUACAAAUUGAGGAGAAAGAUGCUGGGAAACAAAACACAGAUUCAGCUGAAGGAACCAGAAUUAAACAAUCAAAUAUUAUAGCUACUGGGAGACAAAUACUAAACAUUGACAAAUUUAAAAGGCCAACAAAAUUGUCAACAAAAAUUGUUGCAUAUGAAAUUGUGUUAUAUUUAAUCCUAUGCAUCCUGACAUCACAGCUUGUAAUACAAGCAGGCUCAUCUAUUGAAGCAGUAAACCCAUUGGCCAUAUCAGGUCUCAUUAUUGUUUUACUGUGUAUUGUCUGUAUAUUGAUUUCCAUUGGACGGCAACCAGUGUCAGAAAAGGAAUUAACUUUUAAGGUACCAUUUAUACCAAUUCUGCCUGCAAUAUGUAUUUUUGUCAACACUUAUUUAAUGAUGAUGUUGGAUGUAUUCACAUGGAUCCGAUUUGGUGUAUGGCUCAUUAUAGGGCUCUUGAUUUACUUCACAAUUGGUUACUGUAUCAGUGACCCAAAGGACAAAAACACAAAUGAUGUUACUGCACAGGGGCUGGAUAAUUUGGCAUACACGGAAAAUGCUGAAUGAGCUCUGUUGCUGCUACAAUAAUGUGACAUAUAUAUGUAUAUACAGUAACUGGAUAAACACAAUUCAUCAUGGAUAAAAAAUCUUUGUAGCUUGCGUGCUUCUAUCUGUAUUUGUUUUUUAUUAAUUUGUAAUGUUUAACAAUUCACAAAUAUAUUUAUUCAGUUACUUUUUUAAUACAAAUGUAGCUUUGAGAAACAUAUGAAUGUUCAUGAUUAUCCCUAUCAUCAUUAAGUAAAAUACGUACAACCAUCCAUCAUCAAUGACAAGCUGAGAACACUAUAGGAAUCUCAUCAAUACCAAAUUGUAACAGUGACACUCAGUAUACUUGUGACACUAAGAAAUCUGGGUAAUUGAGUUUGUAUGAACUCAUUGAACAGGAUGAUAUUCGCUACUGGCAAUAGUGCUUUUCAGUUUUCCCAUAAAAAACAGCACAUUUUUACACAGAUUAACAACAUGAGGAAAAAACUGCUGCUGUACAUGGAAUAUUUGUACAAGAGUUGCAUUAUCAAAAAUAACUCAUCUCUACUCAACAAUCAAGCAUGUUAAAAACUGAUAAUCCUGGAAUUGUUAUGUUCAAAAACUUAAAUAAACCAAAUUGAUGUUCCACAAUAAUAUUUAUUUAAUACAAACAAUCCUGUUGGAGGAAUGUCCUCAACCGAGCAUUAUACCAGAGUUUGAAAAUACCACUACAGUUGUAAAGUUCUUUUAGUAUCACAUGACCG